AUGUUGAGACAAACCUCUCCAACUUCUUCUGAGCGUUAUGUAUCUCUGGAUCUUCUUUCAUACUUGGAAUCUGGGCAGACCAUGCCGUUUCAUAUAUUUGCCGACGUGGUCAUGCCGGAUUUUCGACACCAUUUAUCCAAAUUCCAACCUUACUCGGAGCGUGAUCGUUUACAUGGAAUGUUUGGGGAAAUCGGGAAAGAUCUCUAUUACAUCAAAGAGGCCUGUGGGAAAGUAAAGCAAUGGGAAGACCUGGUCAACAACGAGAUCAAAGAGUUGAUUAUCCAGUGCUUUGACGAUGCCUUCAAAGAUGGAACAGAAGCACUUGAAACUCCCCGCAGAACCAACUUCCUUCAAGAUAAGCUUGAAAAAACCCAGAAUGUCGUUUCAAAGUUAAGGACCCAAAUCUUUUCACUCCCAGAACUCUCUUCAGUUAAUUUAGAUUCUGGAAGCUUCAAACGUUCCAGCUUUUCUAUGAGGGACGAUCGGCCGGUCGAGCAGCGAGACCAAAACAUGAUUCAAUUUCAGGCGGUCUACAACCGUCUAAAGCCUGGACCAAAGAAGUGUUUGCUAUGUUUCUCAGUCUUCCCUGAAAACGCUGUGAUAAAGAAGAAAGUAUUGGUCCACUGGUGGGUCGGCGAGGGAUUUAUAGACUCCCCGAGUAGUGAAGGGAAGACCGCGGAGGAGACUGGGAACGAGUUUUUUAGAGAUUUUAUCUCCAAAGGCAUCAUUGAGCCCGUCAACAAAAAAAAGCGCAGACCAAGCUCAGAGAAUUGCAAGAUGGAGCCGUCAAUUCGCGAUGCUGUAAUUGAGCUAGCGAAGGCAGAUAGGUUCUUCUGUUUCGAUACAGAGGGAAAUCCAACCGCAAAUUUCUGCGGCAGUGGGAGGGCGUGCCUGGUAAAAACUGAAAAAGGGUCUUCGCUUCGGCAGUUCAAUUACAGUUUCCAUUUGAAGAAGGACGAGGUUCACACUUUGUUUAAUGUAAACGAGUCUCAUCUUGAUUUCAAAGUGGACUUUUUCUUAAAGAUGAAGUGCGUGAAAGUUCUUCAACUGGGUAGGUGGGAGGCCUCCGCCAAGCAGCUUGUGGAAGUAGAGGAUGCUGGGUUCUUGAAAGGUUUGAAGAACAUGAAAGAUCUUAGGUAUUUUAGCCUUAGGGGGAUCUCUAGAAUCACGGAGAUUCCAGAUUCAAUUUGCAGACUCAGCAAUCUAAGGAUCCUGAACCUCAAUGGUUGUCAAAAUUUGGAGAAGCUUCCUGAUGGCAUUGGCUCGCUCAAAAUGCUGACACACUUGGACAUGUCCGAGUGUUACUUGAUUAGCCACAUGCCCAAAGGACUUGCUUUGCUCUCACAACUACAAGUUCUUAAAGGAUUUGUGAUUCGUAAACCAAGGCGCGGAGGCCAUUACUGCAAGCUGGUUGAUUUGGCGAAACUAGAAAAUUUGAGGAAGUUGGGCAUACAUGUAGACAGAACGCAUGCUGAAUCGGAGGAAGAGCUGCGUUCUUUACGAGAAUUCAGAAGUCUCCGAUCGUUGUCCGUGGCAUGGUCACAAAUUUACAAGUCAUCCACUCCCAGAAACGAGGCUACAAUCCAAAGGAUCGUUAGCCUGAAGCCAAAACUUAUCAAGAAGAUAAGUUCAUUGAGAAGUACACCUGAUCCCACGACGCCGGCAUCUACAUCACCCCGUCCCCUUGCUUCUUUAGCGAAAUUGGGCCUCCAGUAUUUCCCGGGUCCUAAGAUGCCUGAUUGGCUCGGGCGCUUAGACCUGCAAAACCUGAAGAAACUUUAUGUAAGGGGAGGAAACCUCUCAGACCUGCGCUCAGAGGUGUAUCACCCAGAGACCAUUGAAGCUCUACGCUUGAAGUACUUGCCUGAACUUCAGAUGAAUUGGAGAGGACUGCAAGCAUUGUUUCCAAAAUUGACUUACUUGGAGAAAGUCGAAUGUCCUAAACUCAGUCGCUUCCCAUGUGAUGAAAAUGGAGAGUGGAUAAGUGAAGCAGAUGAAGUUAGAGGUAAUUCAGACAAUGUCACUUUGGCUACAAUUUCAGAGAAUGUUUCAGAUCAGAAGAAAGCGCAUACCUCCGAGUCUAUCAACACGUUCGAAUUCAAGUCUCACAAUCUGAGAGUUAUCAAGAGAAGUUCAAGUUCAAAAGUAUGA